CUGAACGUAUUCUUCCGUAAAAGAUAUAGUAACCAAGUACUCCACAAACAGAUUAGCGAACAUGGCGAUGCACGUUCCGAAAGCUCCGGGCUUUGCCCAAAUGUUAAAGGAUGGGGCGAAGCAUUAUUCUGGUUUAGACGAAGCUGUCUACAGAAAUAUCGAUGCAUGUAAGGAGUUGUCAAAGACCACCAGAUCUGCAUUUGGACCUCUUGGGCAGAACAAGAUGGUUAUCAACCACCUAGAGAAGCUGUUUGUUACAAAUGAUGCAGCUACAAUUCUAAAUGAACUUGAGGUUCAACAUCCAGCAGCCAAGAUGCUAGUUCUUGCAACACAACAACAGGAACAGGAAGUAGGAGAUGGAACCAACUUUGUGCUGGUGUUUGCUGGUGCCCUGCUCGAACAUGCUGAAAUGUUACUUAGAAUGGGCCUGUCCGUUACUGAGGUCACAGAAGGUUACGAGUUUGCUUCAAAGAAAGCUCUUGAAAUUCUUCCAGAUUUGGUAUGUGAACAACAGAAAGACUUACGUGACAGAACACAAGUUGCGCGUGCCAUCAAAACAUCUUUAAUGAGCAAACAGUAUGGAAAUGAAGAUUUCCUUGCAAAGUUAGUCGCUGAUGCAUGUGUGUCAAUAAUGUCAGAGAAAGUCACAUUUAAUGUAGACAACAUCCGUGUCAGUAAAAUUUUGGGUGCAGGUGUUCUCCAGUCUUCACUUGUACAAGGUAUGGUGUUCCGACGAGCUGUUGAAGGAGAGGUAACCAAGGCCAGCAAAUGUAAAAUAGCAGUAUACUCGUGUCCACUGGAUAUUAUGCAAACAGAAACUAAGGGUACAGUUCUAAUAAAGAGUGCUAAUGAACUUGUAGACUUCAGUCAAGGAGAAGAAAAUCUAGUGGAACAACAAAUCAAAGCAAUAGCAGAUACUGGUUGUACUGUGAUUGUUGCCGGAGGUAAAGUUGGUGAGAUGGCACAACAUUUCUGUAAUAAAUACAAAAUCCUCAUUCUCAGACUCAUGUCAAAAUGGGACCUGCGAAGGUUGUGUAAGGCUGUUGGAGCUACACCACUUCCCAGAGUUACUCCACCUACCCCAGAAGAGUCUGGUUACUGUGAUAACGUAUAUGUGGAUGAAGUUGGCGACACUCCUGUUAUAGUCUUCAGACAAGAUAAAGAAGAGAGUGCCAUCACAACCAUCAUGAUCCGAGGUUCUACAGACAAUAUCAUGGAUGAUAUGGAGAGAGCGAUCAACGACGGUGUUAACACAUUUAAAGCCCUAACCAGAGAUAACAAAUUGGUACCCGGCGCAGGGGCCACUGAGAUAGAGCUUGCAAAGCAGAUUACCACGCUGGGAGAAAGUACACCAGGUUUAGAGCAGUAUGCCAUCAAGAAGUAUGCAGAGGCAUUGGAAGUAGUUCCAAGAACUAUAGCUGAAAAUGCAGGAGUAAAGGCAACUGAAGUAUUAUCACUGUUGUAUGCAGCCCAUCAGGAAGGAAAGAAAAAUGUUGGUGUUGAUAUUGAGGCUCAAGGUGCUGGUGUAACAGACGCAGCAGAGAAGGGAUUAUUUGACCUAUACCUCGCUAAAUACUGGGGUCUCAAGUUUGCCACCGCAGCUGCUUGUACUGUUCUUAAAGUAGACCAGAUUAUCAUGGCAAGGGCAGCAGGUGGUCCUAAAGCACGAGGACCUGGAGCACGGGAUGAAGACGAUUAAUGCUCAUUUCAUAUAGGUAUAAGUAGGUCAUAGCAGGAACUUUAUAGUGGAAGAUCACAAAGGACAGAGGUUGUCUCAAAGAUUUGGCAAGCCAACUCACACUGUCACAGAAAAUCAUGAAACUAAUGCAGAUAUUUUCACAGCAAAUUAUAAAGAUUAUUUUAGCUUGCCCAGAGUGAGCACAUACUGUAACCGAUUUUCUCUGAAAGUAUUUACUUAAUACUGUCUCUUAAGCACUUUUCAGAUUUUUUAUUCUGUUUGACAAGGAGGAUCAAGUGAUUAAUUAUAAUGAGUUAUGCAGUUUUUGAAUCUUUGUAAAAUGUUUAAAUUAAUUAACUGCAGUCUUCUUUUAAUUGAUUAUAAAAUAUACACAAUUAUUGUCAAGUUAUUUGGUACAGCAUUAUUUUGUUUAAAAGUCUUACUAAUAACCAAACAUUCUAAUUAGAGCAUUUUUCUUAAAACUUCUUUUUUAUGUAAAACUAAGUCAGUAGCUUAUACAGAAAAUUAGACUAGGAACAUGAAAAAAGCUGAGAAUGUCAUUCAGAAACGGACUUGCUUAUAGGGAAAUAUUGAGUGUACAAAUUAGUAUGAUAUUGGGUAUUAUAUUGACUUUGUGGCUGUGUAUUUUGUGUAAAUAAUCGAACAACAUUUCUUUUUGUUUCUCCUCAAACUAACAUUUUGAUGUGUUCAGAAACUCAUUUAGUGUAUAAGAAAUUAAAUUUUUGUUCCACAGCAUUAUCGUACUUCAAAAUCCAUAAAAUUAGAUGCUUUUAUACAUGACCAAAACAGAUGUUGCCUUAUUAGAAAUUAGUGGUAAUUAAAAAAAAAAAAAAAACAAGUUUUUUUGUAAUCUGGAAGUUAACAUAUUACAUGGAAAACAUGUAUGUAAGAAAGCUAAAAACCAGUAUAUAAAGCUUUUCUAUUUGACAUCAUGUUUAAUGAAUUUUUAUGUUAGAGACGGCAGUAGUUAUGUUUAUGAAAAGAUCUUUAUUGUCUAUAUUAUGUGCUAUACCUUUUGUUUGUUUUGAAAAGAACAAAGUGGCUGUUUGUUUUACAUGAUGUUUUGUGAGUGUGAUUUCUGCAUUUUCUCAUUUUUCAUAAUUCUUUAUUUAUACAGCUUUUAUACAUAAAACUGCUCUUGUAAAUGUCGCUAAUAUUGACUGAGUAAAUGAAAUUCUGAAAUCCA